AUACGACCGGUCUGACCAUUUUGGCCGCUUAAUGGAAAGCGCCCUUAGAUGGCCGGUGUGUCUAAAAAUGGACCACUAGUGGACUAUUGGUCUGAUAUGAUUGAGUUAGGCUACAUCAAAUUUCUGGUGCAUGCAGUGACGACAUAGAGACUGUGUUUGUACCGAAGACUAGAGAAGAGUCGUGCAUGACAUUGUAGGUCUUUACAAUAUACAAUAUACAAUAUACAGUACGUGCGUUAAACUGCUAAAGAGUUAAAUCUUCUUGAUCUACCGACUCAGUAGCUUCAACCUUCUCAUCCAGAAUCCUUUAAAACAAAAUGGAUGAACGUAGUGAGGAACCAGAGCGUCAUGCGAACCGCAACAAAUCAACUAAAUUGAAACGCUACGAAGAAUUGCUUCUGAAAUGCAUGUUGGGAACAUCACGUCACAACGAGCCACUCCAAGCUGUCGUUGAAAACCAGUUAAACCAAACUGCUCUACAGGAGACAAAUAACAGUAUUUUGGAACGAAAUCGUGCCUUACUGCAGUAUGCAGCAACAAUUGCAAACUCUAACAGUCUCUCUGAUAAGUUUAACUACGAGUUUGUAGAAUCCUUGGUAAAAGGCGGUGCUGAUAUUAAUAUCGCUGAUCAGUACGGACAGUCGAUAUUUCACGAGGUUGCAAGGUCAUGGGAUUGUGAUAUUGCCCAGUUUCUUCUCGAAAUGGGCUGUGAUAUCAAUAAGAAAGAUUCCUAUGGACGAUCACCUCUCCAUGUUGCUGCUGCUGUCGAUUAUGUAAAAAUGACGGAAUUCCUCUUGUUAAAUAAUGCGAACAUUGAUGCAAGGACUAUCGGUGAAAAUCAAGCCCCUAUUCACUAUGCCGCAAAAAAUGGCGCGGCUAAAUCACUUCAAAUGUUGCUGGGAUAUCACGCAGACAUCAACUCUUUGGAUUCUAAACAACGCACCCCACUACAUUUAGCUGCAGAAUGGACACGUGCGAAAACAACAGAGGUUCUACUCGAGGAAGGCGCUACUUGUUGUCUACUUGAUUCUUCAGGAAAUACUGCGCUCUCUACUCUUAUCGACCGCUUGCCAAACCUUGCGUUGGAAGCAUUGAACCAAUUGCACACCACAGAUAUCAUUACCAUGAAGGAAUUUUACUACAUUCAAUUCCUCGAACAGUCGCUGCCCCAAGAGAAUGAAGAAACAACUUCAUUGAUAGAUACACCUGUGCAACUUGAUACGAAGGUACGCGCAAAGAAGAACGCUUUCGCGCAACCAAAAAUAUCCGGACGGACCCCACUUGAAAUGGCAGUAAUUACACGAAAAUACGAGGUAGUUACACAUCCAGUUAUGCAGAGGCUUAUACAUAACAAAUGGAUACGAUAUGGUCGUCUGUCUACCAUCGUGGAUCUGUUAUUUCAUAUAGUAUAUGGAAUAUUGUGGACUACUGGUUGCAUGUCCACUCCUGACACAGGAAAGGCAUUAUAUGAGCCGUUUGAUGCGCGCAUAUGGGUGAAAAUCAUUGGCUUAAUUCUUGGGAUCAUGACUUUUUAUGAGAUCGUGAUGCAGGUCAGAGCGACUAUGAAAGCUAGAAAAUCGCAGAAAGACUGGGUUGAUUGGCGGACUGCGCAACUUGAAGACGAGAAACAGUAUUGCCAUCCACGGUGGCCUCAGGAGGAGAAGUACAUAGAAAUUGAAAUGAAACGGAUCAAAUCCUUGCCCACUCUGAACUCCUUCGGCGCCUGGUUUUAUUUGGACUGGAUUGUGAUUCUCCUAAUCAUUGUUACCGUUGCGACAAGUGUCGUGUAUUUCUAUAAGGACAAUAGCAGCACUCGAUACUUGUAUACGCGUACUUUAAGCUUUGUGAAUCUUUUGGUCUGGCUGCGACUGCUGAAAUGUGUCCGUCCUUUCCACGGUAUCGGAACCCUCGUUAUCAUAUUAGGAGAAACUGUCACAGAUUUCAUCAACUGGGCGUUUCUCUAUCUGCUUUUACUCAUACCGUUCACAGCAGCAUUUUGGAUAAAUUUCGGAGAUGUUUCUAUACAUCCUGUGGAAGGCUACAAUGAAGGUAACAACCUGCUCUACAGCGUGUUCCGGAUAGCAGUAGGUGACGAUUUUAACCUUGAAGGAAUAGUAGAAGCUGAUCCAGUCAUGUCCAGAAUCCUUGUUGCCUUGUACGUCACCGCCGUAUCCAUUGUUACGUUGAACCUACUGAUAGCCUUGCUGAGUGACACUUUCUCUCGUGUGUACGGUAACGCUGUUGCAAAUACCAUAAUGCAAAGGGCGAUUAAAGUUGUCGACUCUAAGAAUUUGUUGACCAAAAACCAGUGGCUUAAAUACGAAGAGUACAUGCGUACUAACUGCAGUCCUGAAGUCAUAGACAUCGAGGUGAAGGAACGAAGUUCUUCGAGCGAUCAACAGAUGGCACAAUUUGAAGUUCAGAAUCAAUUACUUUACCUUCAUGAGCUUCUCGCCGAUCGUUUUGGUAGGGUGUAUGGAAAAAACAAGCUUUCAGAUUUCGACGCGCUGUUGCAUGAUAUUGGACAGUUAAGGACUAUGCAAAAUGAAUUGUUACAAGACCUUGUGAGAAUUCAAGAAUUGCUGAGCAUGUAUUCAGGCAAGAAAUUGAAAUUUUCAUCCAACAAAUCUCGACGCCAGAAGAGUGAACAGCAUGAAAGUACGGAUGAAAAAGGAAAGGGAGAAAAGAAACGAUCAAAAAGAUUAUCUGAAUCAGAAAAGGAUGAUUCAAAGAGCAUUCUCUCUACUAUACAAGAGAAAGCAUUAUCGCUUUUCCACAAGAUAACAGGCGAGUCGGAAGAAGCAGAAAUGCUCACUUCAAAACGAGAAAGAAAAGGAGGGAGACGACGACCACGGUCGGAACAAAGUGAUAAUGAACGUCGAAAAAAAAGACGUCGCCGAAGAAGACACAGUAGCGAAGAUAAUGACGAAACUACAUCGCUUGUAAGAAGAAGACAAGGUCGACGGGAUCCUGAUCGUUCUGAAGUAGAGGACCAGCAGAAUCAAAAUACAACCGAACUUUCUAUGGUACGUUACGAACCUAGAGAGAAAAAUGAACAUUCAAAUGCCUAAUUCAAUGCUGGGAAAUUUACUGAUAUCGAUAUGUAUAUUGGGUAGAGGGUGUAACCAAGGAAGUACCGAGGCGUGUGUGUAAAUAUCCCGUAUUCACGCCCUAUAAAACUUACUUCAAAUGGAUGAUAUUCGUGUGUCUUGUCAGAUACAAUGCAGAUGAUUUUUCACGGACAGUAAGCGUCGCACUACCUCGAUAUUGUUGACUAUCAACAAUGCGUAACAUCCAAGUUAUUGGUAUUUUACCCUUACGAGUACAUACACGUAUGUAAAAGAUUAAACCAAUUAAAAUUUUUAUAUAAUUAAUCAUACGU